AUGCUCUCCUCCAAUUUUCUCCUUCAGUCCACGCGUGGCUUUGCCACCAAAGCAGCAACAGGUCAUUGGCUUGCUAGUGUACCUAUGGGCCCCGCCGAUCCCAUCCUCGGUCUCACCGAGCGCUUUAACAAGGACACGGACACGCGCAAAGUGUCGCUCGGUGUAGGCGCCUAUCGUGAUGACGACAGUAAACCGUACGUGCUGCCGUCGGUGUUAGAGGCUGAGAAGCGCAUCAUGGCCGCUGGUAAAAACAAGGAGUACGCAGGCAUUGCCGGCAUGAAGGACUUUGUGGAUUUAUCACUGCAAUUUGCCUAUGGUGAAGACAGUGAAGCCUUGAAAGAGGGUCGGAUCACUGGUGUGCAGACCAUCUCUGGUACGGGCGGUGUACGUCUUGCUGGUGAAUUCUUUACCAAGUUCAUGGGCCAGAAGACCCCUGUGUACUUGCCGAACCCGACCUGGGGCAACCACAUCCCCGUCAUGGAGAACGCCGGCAUGGAGGUGCGUCGAUACACGUACUACGAGCCUGCGUCGCGUGGCCUGGACUUUUCCGGUCUCAUGAACGACAUGGAGGGGGCACCUAACGGGUCGGUCUUCCUGCUGCAUGCGUGCGCCCACAACCCCACGGGUGUGGACCCUACGAUCGAGCAAUGGAAGCAGAUUGCUGACGUCAUGAAGGAGAAGAAGCACGUCCCGUUCUUUGACUGCGCUUACCAGGGCUUUGCGUCGGGCGACGCCACGCGCGACGCUGCUGCUAUCCGCCACUUUGUCAAGGAGGGCCACAACGUCAUCCUAUCGCAAUCAUACGCCAAGAACUUUGGUCUUUACGGCGAACGUGUCGGUGCUCUGAGCUUCGUCACUGCUAGCAAAGAGGAGGCCGAGCGCGUGCAGUCGCAGCUCAAAAUUAUCAUCCGCCCGAUGUAUUCGAACCCGCCUAUUCACGGCUCACUGAUCGUGUCCACGAUCCUGUCGGACGCUCAGCUCAAGAAGCAGUGGUACAGUGAGUGCAAGAGCAUGGCAGAUCGCAUUAUCUCCAUGCGCACUGCACUUCGCGCAUCUGUCGAGAAGAUUGAUGAGGCCAAUGGAGUCAAGUCGGACUGGCGCCACAUCACGGACCAGAUUGGUAUGUUCUGCUACACCGGAUUGACGGAAGCCCAGGUGAUGCGCAUGAUCGAGAAGCACCAUAUCUAUUUGACAAAGGACGGUCGCGUGAGCAUGGCUGGUGUGACGACCAAGAACGUUGAGUACAUUGCACAGUCAAUCGCCGAGGUCGCGCAAAAUGCUUAG